AUGGACUCCCCGUGGAUCUACGCCAUCGGAAUAUGCUUAAGCACCAUUGUCUCCGUUGUAGAGGCAGUUGGAACUACUCUGGUGAGGAAGAGUCACAUCAUUUAUUCAAAAUAUGAGAAGCUCCUCGAGACAACCGAAUGCGAUAGCGAUAGCGCUAGCGAGGGGGGCGAAACAGAAGGGAAAAAGGGAGAAAAAAAAAGGAAAAGGAAAUAUUCCUUUUUAAACAUUUCGAUAAGGAGUCUACAAAUCAGUAGACGCAUUUGCUACAGAAAGGGGAAGAUAAAAAAAUGUCAUGACGGGGCACACCAAACGAUUAAGAGGGCCCCUUCGAGUGGUACCAACGAGGGAGAACGAAAGCAUGAAGAGGCUGGGGAAGAGGAAGAAGAGGACCGCUUAAGCAGCAGCCUCAUGGAAAAAUCGUUAAGCGUAAAUUUGUUACACCCAGAUGGUUGUAAUUUGGGCCAAGGCUAUUUGUCCCCAUUUAAUAAUUCCUCAGAAGGUGAAAAAGUAGAUCUUCGAAAAUCUGUAUGCAUAAAACGAACGAAUAACGGAAUGGAAAUGUACAAACGGGAAGAAGACGCGAAGGAGAGCUAUCGAAUGGACUGGAAUAGUAAUUGUGAUGGCUUAUCUGCCGAAUGGCAGAAGGAACCAUUGGACAUGCACCCAAUUAGUUCUCACCUCGGAGAGGGAAAGCAUCCAUCUAGAUGGAGCAACUUUUCAGCGAGGGGCAUAAAUAAAAAACUGAAAAGAAAAAAGUGCUUGUGGUUAUCGAAAAGGCCAACUUGUCGAAUGUUAGGGAAUCCCAAACAAAGUAUUUAUUACACUCCCCUGCGCAAUGAGGAAAAAAGGAGAGAAUGGAAAAGGCUCCUCACUCUAAAUGGUUACUGUAGGAAGAACAAAACUGGGAUGCAUGGGAAAAAACAUUUAAUAUGUGAUGAUUGCCCACCAAGGGGAUUCCUGCCCCAUUGGGGGAAGACCCUGCCCGUGGAAGAUGUAGCUGCGGGGCCUCAUAACAACAACAUGAUAAUGAUGAGCACUUCUCAAAAAAAAUUGUCUAAAAUUUUUAAAAGUGAAAGCCCCAAUGGGGAGUUGCUUGGUGAGGAUAAAAUGUACUACUGCUCAUUUCGGUCGGAUGGGUUCGUAGACAGGGUGAGUGGCGACACGACUAAUUCCAAACCCGAAGGGGGAGUGAAUGCCGAAGCCUCGCUCAGCAAAAAUGGGCGUGAAUAUAGCCGUGGAAGCGGAUUGGGGGCGUUGGAGGAAAAGGAAAAAUACAGUGACGAGGAAGAAAUUACGAGGUGCUCUACUCUUAAAAUGGAUCAAGAGAAUAAAAGUAUCUGCCUGAAGUCCACACCCACACAUCUACCAUCAGAUGUCGAACGUGCGCACUCGAAUAUAAGAACAAAAAGCUACAUUUGCUUCUACCUAGGAAUAGCACUUACAAGCUUUAUAGCCCCUGCAUUAAACAUAUUCAGUAAUGUAUUUCUACCCAUGUCGAUGGUUGGCUUUGUGAGCGUCAGACUCAUGUGCUCAUUACUGCUAGAAAAAUUUUUUCUAAAGGAGGAGCAGUCAGUUUACUUAUAUGUGGGCAUACCUUUUUCCACCCUGGGUCUAACAUUAAUCACUGUUUACUCUGCCCAUGACAGUAACUUCAAAGACAUAGAUUCUGUUUUGGAUCUAUUCCUAACGGGUGCAUCUAUAACGUUGCUAAGUUGUCAGAUGUUCUUCUCCUUUAUGGUGGCGUUUCUUUCGUUGGGCCACUUGGUUGCAGGCACUUCAACAGGCACUUCAACAGGCACUUCAACAGGCACUUCAACAGGUAUUUCAACAGGUAUUUCCACAGGAUGCGUUGGUGUACAGCAUAGGGGUGUGCACUCAGGAGGAGAGGUACAUAGCUCCAAAUUCAAUACGAGUAUGGAGCGCAAAGAUAAAUAUCCAAAUUCGAAGCGAAGGAGAGGGAAUUUUUUCUUUUUCUUCUCCCCAGUGUCAUCAGGAAUUAUGGGAUCCCUGGCGACUAUUUUCUCCAAGGCAACCUUUAUGGGACUGGUGUCCGUGAUGAUAAAUGAACAAUUGACCUUACGUAAUUUUCUUUUCAAUUAUAAAAUAGUUCUCCUGAUUAUAUUAACCAUCAUUUGCUCCAUCGUAGAAAUUAUAUACACGCCUUUUCUGUUAAAGUAUUACAAUCUCACACAUGUAGUGUCGUUAAAAAGCUUCGGAAAUAUAUCCUUCAAUGCUGCUAACGGGAUGGCCAUUUUCGACGAACGACCCUCGUGCGUGUACGCCUGGGCCUUUGGCUUCCUCCUAAUCCUCGUAGGAAUUAUUUUCCUUUCAUACAAAAAUGCCAUCCCAAAUAUCUUACGUUUCUUCAAUGAGCAAUUUCGCCGAAAGACAUGA